AUGGACUCAGCAUCCUCCACCGUGGCCGCGUCCUUCACCUCGACGUCGCACGCCUCCCUCGAGGCGGAGUCCAAGUUCCUCACGCGCACUCGCUUCCUCCGCCUCGUCCGCCUAGGGCUGGCGAUCCUCAUCUUCUGCGUGGCGAUCCCAACCAUCGCCUGCGAGGCCGUGGCCCUGCACCACUACCGCCAGACCUCGCGCUACAGCCAAGUCUGGCUCUACCUGUGGCCGCUGAACCUCGACCUGCGCCCGGCCAAGGCCCUGCUCGCCUGUGGCAGUGUGAUUGCGUUCCAGACCCUCAUCUACAUCAUCGCUGCCCUUGUUCCAUCUCCCCACUCCCACAUCCGCCGACUAAACCUCCUCGCCGCAGUCACGGCCCUCUCGGGCUUCAUCACGGCCCUUGUGGGGUUCGUGUUCGUGAUCUACCGCCCCGGCGCGAGUGGCCGCAACGGGUUCCACGAUACCGAGACUCUCCAUUCUUGGACUUGCAAGUGGACGGCGUCUUCUUCCAGUAGUAGUAGUAGCAGUAGCAAUGUCCCUGCGCAUUUCGCGUGGGACUGCGCGGUGACGCAUGCAUCGUUUGUGUUGCUGGGGGUGUUGAUCGGGCUGGAGAUCGUGCUGGGCGUCGUCGCGACGGCGGGGCUCUGGCUGGAGCGGAAUGUGUCGCGGCAGCGGGUGACGAAGAAGCCUUCGUUGGAGAUGGUAGGGAUGGUGGAUACCAAGGUUGAUCGGUAUCCGGGGACUUGA